CCCAUCCGCGCGCCCGCCAUCGCCCCUUUAAGAGCGGCGCCCGCCGGCGGCAGGGAGGAGGCAGGCGGGGGCGCGCGCGGCGGGAGGAGGGGGCGCGCGCUUCCCGGAACAGCCCGCGCUGAGGGAAGAGAGGAAGAAAAUAAAACCCGUGGCUGGAGCUGAAGCUGGAGCUGCCGCCGCUGCCGCCGCCGCCGCCGCCGCCGCCGCCGCCUUGGCAGUCUGGAGCUCCCCCGCGCGGACGAUGCCCACGGUGCCCGCGCGGGGCUUGGGGCGGUGAGGCCCGGGGCGCGGGGUAGCUAUGGCGACCGCUAGCGCGGCCCGCGGUGCCGCCUGACAGGUGUGGGCCCCGGCGGCGGCAGCGGCGGCGGCGGCGGCUCCGAACAGCAUGUACGCCAAGGGGGGCAAGGGCUCGGCGGUGCCCUCCGACAGCCAGGCCCGCGAGAAGUUGGCGCUGUAUGUGUACGAGUACCUGCUGCACGUCGGUGCCCAGAAGUCAGCCCAGACCUUUCUGUCCGAGAUCCGAUGGGAGAAGAACAUUACGCUGGGGGAGCCCCCAGGCUUCCUGCAUUCCUGGUGGUGCGUGUUCUGGGACUUGUACUGUGCAGCACCUGACCGCAGAGAGGCGUGUGAGCACUCGAAUGAGGCCAAGGCCUUCCAAGACUACAGUGCUGUGGCGGCCCCCAGUCCUGUGAUGGGGAGCAUGGCCCCCAACGAUGCGAUGGCAGCAGGCCCCAUGGCCCCCAGCUUCUUCCAGGGCCCCCCUGGCUCCCAGCAACCCCCCCACAACCCCAACGCCCCCAUGAUGGGGCCUCAUGUUCAGCCCUUCAUGUCACCGCGGUUCCCAGGGGGCCCCCGGCCCACCCUGCGGAUGCCGAGUCAGCCUCCUGUGGGGCUCCCCGGCUCCCAGCCCCUCCUCCCUGGCGCCAUGGAACCCUCCCCGCGUGCUCAGGGGCAUCCUAGCCUGGGCCCGAUGCAGAGAGUGACACCUCCACGGGGCAUGGCCAACAUUGGACCCCAGAGCUAUGGAGGUGGCAUGCGGCCCCCACCCAACUCCCUCGCCGGCCCGGGCCUGCCCACCAUGAACAUGGGCCCUGGAGUGCGAGGCCCCUGGGCCAGCCCCAGUGGAAACUCGAUUCCCUAUUCCUCCUCCUCCCCCGGCAGCUACACGGGACCCCCAGGAGGAGGUGGGCCCCCUGGAACACCCAUCAUGCCCAGCCCUGGAGACUCCACCAACUCCAGCGAGAACAUGUACACCAUCAUGAACCCCACUGGGCCGGGCGCCGGCAGGGCUAAUUUCCCGCUCGGCCCUGGUCCCGAGGGCCCCAUGGCGGCCAUGAGUGCGAUGGAGCCUCACCACGUGAACGGAUCCCUGGGCUCGGGCGAUAUGGACGGGUUGCCGAAGAGCUCCCCCGGCGCCGUGGCCGGCCUGAGCAAUGCCCCGGGCACCCCGCGGGACGAUGGCGAGAUGGCGGCCGCCGGGACCUUCCUGCACCCGUUCCCGAGCGAAAGCGUAAGCGACUGCGUCGACUCCCCCCCCGCGGCGGCGUCGGGCCGGAGGGGCCUGGCGGGCAGGCCCCGGCGGGGCGGCCGGGGGGCAAGAGCAAGACCGUGACCGCGGCGGGCCAGGUGGGGGGGCGGCCGCGGCAUCCUUCCCCUCCCCUUUCUUUCCCUCCCCCACUCCACCCUAAUCUCACCGGCCCCCCUCCCUGUCCCCACCCCAUCCUGGGACCUGCACCCCAGGGCAGUCUCCCCACGCAUCGCCACUCCUCUCCUCCCCUCCCUCCGCCCUGCCCCGUCCCCCAUUCUCCCUGGGGGGCGGGUCCCAGCAUAGGCCAGAGCUGAGCCCGCCUCCGCGCGCCACCCCCUCGUCUCUCCGCAGUACUCGCCGGGGAUGACCAUGAGCGUGUGAUGGGGCAGCAGCCCCUUGCCCACUGCCGGCCUCGGCUUCUGCCCAGUGCCCCUGCCUGGGACCAAGGUCCAGGGCCUGGGACAGUCUGCUGGGUGAGGGUCUGAGGUCACACCUCGGGCGACUGUACUCCAUCCAGUUCAAGGAUUGGACAGCUGGGAGGCCCCACACGAAGGACUCUCAUUUUAUAAAAAACAAAAAAACAACAACAACAAAAAAAAAAACACAAGGACCUCAGAAACUGUUCUUUCCUGUAUAGGCCCUUCCCGCUAUUUCUAUUUUGUCCCCGGGGGAUUCUUGGGGACCUCCUUUCCCCUGCACAGCAGGGGUGGGCCCCAUCAAUAAAUGUAACUUGGUUUUGGUUUUUGGUA